GCAAAAGAACUGCUUGUUUGUACACCAUGGAGUUGAAACUACUGACUGUGUUGGCACUCUUCGCCGUAUGUGGUAUCGUACAGGCCAGGCAGGUCGCUCCGGAUGAUUGUGACUCAAUCUGCCUCCACCAACGUGAAGGCUCCAGUGCCAGAAACGUGGUCCGUGGGAAGAAGCACCGCGCCUCCCGAUCAAAGGGACAUCUGGCGCCGGCCAGCCGACAACACGAUUAUGACUUCAGCACAUUCUGCGCGUCUUGUUACGGCUCGGAGAAAACUGGAACAUUAGAUCGAGCGAUCUCUUCAAGACAAUCACAAUCAUUCCCUGCAUCGAUCGUGUCGACAGCGAUGCAGAUUCCAGAAGAGGCAAUGAGUGGCGUCUUUGGUGGAUCUGGUGGAUCUGGAUCAUCGUUUCUUUCUGGCUUCCCGGCCUUCCAGCAGAGGUAA